CGCAUUAGCAAACGGGGUCACGAGGCCCCCCGUCGCAAAAUUCGGAGAAUCGCAUUCUUCGGCCAGAUUUAUUCUCCCGUUAGCGUCGAGAGACGCGAAGCCGCGAGCCGCUGCAGCGAUUUUGCGCCUCGCGGCGGCUCUUUCGCAAAAUUUCGCUCGAGAAUACGAAGCGUCACGUCGUGGCUACGCUCGGAAGCCGCGUUUGUUUAAAAUACGAUAAAGCACGGUUAUAGGUGCCGUCGGUCGUGCCGUAUCGUUUGGUCAACGUGAAUGAUUAGCGCGCUGAUCCUCGUGCUUCUCUAACAGCUUCGGCGACUCCAAAUUGUCGCGCUCUUGAGAGCCGAGGGAGUUAGAAAUGGAGCAUUUGGUGCAGGACAAAACGAAAACAAACACGGAGAAAAUGAAAACGACACCUGUGUGUAAAGUUACUCCACUUCUGAUGUACUUUUCUGCGCGAUAGGUCGCGAGUCCGAUGCUGAAAAAGGACGAGAGAGUCGCGCGUUUUUACGUCGCGCGUAAAUCUCUAUUGGGCUUUUACGGCCGUUCUUUCGCGCAUUGAAUUCUGCAAGGCGUCGCAUGUAGGCGAGAUUGCGAGAUUGCGAACGUCGCGUCGCAAGGAAGGAGCGGACUUUCCUCGGACCGGUAUGAUAUUCCUGGAUUUAUAAUGCACAGAGAAUCGCAGAGUUAACAUUGCGAGAGUUAACUUUCUCUCCUCUUCUCGCCGUUUUCAAACGUUACGAAAUUAUGUUAAAACGUCGCGACUCCGAUUAGUCCAAGAAACGCGUAUUAGUCCAAAAAAAUAUCCCAAUUUGCGCGGAUCAUUAUGCACAGGAGACCUCGUAAUGAACGUUGCUUUCCCUCGUUCUCUCGUCGCUCUGAAACGUUAUGAAAUGACCCGUGUUUGUGUGAGAAAACGUCGCAACUCCGACUCGCGCUCGCGCUCGUUUACUCUUACAAAUAUCUCAAGUCGUGCAAAUCGACACGGAUUCGAAUCCCCGAGUAUCUCAUCGAUCGACCUCCCAUUUUCGGACGUAACAAAAAAGAAAGAAGAAGGAAAGAGAGCGGUCGACCGGCUAGGAAGUUAAUCGUAUCUCCGCCCGCGGCGAGGACAGUCGCCGGUUUUCUGAUGGUACGAUCGAGAUCGCCGUCGAUGCACCGGCGAUCAUGCUGAAGUGGGUGCAUUAUUGCCCGUUGCCGAAAGAUCGUGAGAUCGCGUCCGAGGACGCGAAGAUGGUUGUACCAGGUGGUGGCGACGCGACGGAAGAAAAGGCGGACGAAAGAAAGGCGAGCGAGCGAAGAAAGGACGGCGGCGGCGGCGGCGGCAGCGGCGGCGGCACGGUGCGAAGUGUGCGAAACGCGAAAACCGCCACGCCGGACGCUAUCAUGAGGAGAUGCUUCCGGUUCGGGGGUUCGGAUCCGAGGGUAGCGACCUGCCGAGGAAAGCUGCAGAACAAGCGAAGUAAGCUCAAUCAGGAGAUCAACAAGGAGCUGCGGCUGCGAGCGGGCGCGGAAAAUCUCUUCAAGGCGACGACGAACAGAAAACUGAAGGAGACGGUCGCCUUGGAGCUGAGCUACGUCAACUCGAAUCUGCAGCUGCUGAAGGAACAGCUCGCCGAGCUGAACAGCUCAGUGGAGCUCUACCAGAAUGUCGACGGCGACGAGCCCGUUAUGCCGAUGAUACCAUUGGGACUGAAGGAGACCAAAGACAUUGACUUUCGGGAUCCGUUUAAGGACUUCAUCUUGGAGCACUACAGCGAGGAUGGUGAAAACUACGAAGAAGCUAUAGCCGACCUGAUGGAGACUAGACAAGCCACGAGAACACCGACCAGGGACUCGGCGGGGAUAGCGCUGCUGCUGCGUUAUUACAAUCAGCUCUACUUCAUAGAGAGGCGUUUCUUUCCGCCUGACAGGAGUCUCGGCAUCUACUUCGAAUGGUUCGAUUCGUUGACAGGAGUACCCAGUUGCCAGCGAACGGUUGCCUUCGAGAAGGCCUCGAUUCUCUUCAACGCCGGCGCGCUCUACACGCAGUUGGCCGCCAAGCAGGAUCGCGUGACCGCUCGCGGUCUUGAUCAGGCGGUCGACGCUUUCCUGAGGGCGGCCGGUACCUUCCGAUAUAUCCACGAGAACUUCACGAACGCACCGAGCAUGGAUCUGGGCCCGGACAUGCUGGAGAUGCUCGUGCAGCUCAUGCUUGCUCAAGCGCGGGAGUGCCUCUUCGAGAAGCUGGAGCUGCAAUCGAGGGACGGGAGGAACGUUGACGUUUGCUUGGAUCUUGCUCAAGAGGCUGCUCAGGUUGCGGCGAUAUACAACGACGUGCACGGAUUGAUAUCGCGAGAGCCAGUUCGUGACUACGUCCCGGAGACUUGGAUCUCGUUGAUACUGGUGAAGCGCGAGCACCACCUCGCCCUUGCUCACAAGCAUAUCGCGGUCGGUCUGCUGGACAGACCGAUCGCCGAGUUUCGCGUAGAAACCAGGCUCACGUUGGAGCACAUUCAAAAGAGCGACGGGAAGACACAAUUGGACGCCACCGUUCCCAGGGAUGACAAUGAGAGGAAAUUGUUGGGCAAGGCGCAUCUCAGAGAGGCUCUUGUUCUGCACGAUGAGAGUCAACGACUGCAGAGAAUGUGCCGCGAUCUGAAAGCCAAGCAAGCGCUGGCGAGGGUCUUGAAGAAGGUGCAAGAAGCGACGCUCGAUAGCUACAACAGAUUCGGCAACGAGGACGACUUUCGAGAAUUGCUGGAUCCGCCGGAUAUUAUCGCUUCCACAAAAUUCCAACUUAGCAUCACUCAUCCGGAUUUCGGGCAGCACGGAGUGGAUGAUCUCUUCAGAUCGUUGGGACCCGUAGCGAUAUUCUCGGCUAAACGGCACUGGACCGCGCCGCGAUUGGUGCAGCUUCAACGAGGUCCUGACGGCGAGGGCUUCGGGUUUAGCGUACGGGGCGACGCUCCGGUUAUAAUAGCUGCCGUCGAUCAUAAUUCGCUAGCUGAUGUAGCUGGAAUGAAAGAGGGCGACUUCAUAGUAGGCAUCGGCGACAAGGACGUGAAGUGGGCGUCCCACGAGCAAGUCGUGCGGAUGAUAAAGCAAUGCGGCGACUUUAUAAACUUGAAGCUGGUCACACCCAUGGACAGGAAUUAUUUAAAGACGAUGGUGACGGAAGGACAGCAACGGGAGCAGGAGCGGGAGCGGGAGCGGGAGCAGGAGCAGGAGCAGGAGCAGGAGCAGAAGCAGGAGUACAAGAGCACACUGAGCAUGGAGACGCUGGAGAUAGCUAGGCUGGAGCUGCGCGAGGACGACAACACACGGGAACAAGCGCUGGAGCAGUUCCGCAAUUGGAUCCAGAAGCACCCGGCGAUCAAAAAGUGCCGCACCGACUCGUUGUUCCUGCUGCGUUUCCUCAGGACGAAGAAAUUCAGCCUGCCGAUAGCGCAGGAGAUGCUGGAGCGCUAUCUCACCAUCAGGCAGCUCUAUCCCGACUGGUUCCAGAAGCUCGACAUCGAGGACCCGGACCUCGAGGCCAUCAUCGACAGCGGCUACCUGGUGCCCUUGCUGAAGCGGGACCAGCACGGCCGCAAGGUCAUCCUGUCGUGCGCGGGGCGUUUCGACCCGUACAAAUUCUCGUCGGUGCACAUGGCGCGAAUCCACAGCAUGGUGGUGGAAUCCCUGAUGGACGACGAGGAGAAUCAAGUGCGCGGCUACACGCACAUCAACGACGAGUCGGGGCUGACGAUGGGCCACCUGAGCGCGUGGUCCUUGACGGACAUCCGCAACAUGCUGAGGUGCAUACAGAACAGCACGCCGAUGCGUCACAAGGAGACGCACUUCAUCAAUAUUCCCGGCAGCGUGGCGAAGAUCAUCGAGUUCGCUAUCUCGCUGCUCAACGACAAGCUCAAGGCGCGCGUAAUGAUGCACAAGGACAUGGACGAGCUGCGAGAGGCGAUCGAGCCGAAGAUACUGCCGAAGGAAUACGGCGGAGAGGUGCCGCUCGCGGAAAUGAUCGCCGAAUUCAAGAAGGAGCUGAAGCGCCAGAGAGGCCAGCUCAAGGCUCUGGACGAGAUGUACAUAGAGAUCUCGCCGAAGGAUUACCACGCAGCCAACAACGACGAAUUCGGCGGAAUAUGCGGCUCCUUCCGGAAAUUGGAAGUCGACUGAAUCCGCUUCCGCUGUGACCUGGUGAACUUCAUCGAUUGGCCCCGCGUCGCCGCACAUAUCGAUACCGACGAGCAGCCAAAAAAAAAAAA